AUGGAAAAUAUUGGGCCAAAUAGACUGUCGGCCCGUCAAUAUCUAUUGAUAACCUUCCUCAUUACAUUUGUUGUUUCCAUUUCAACAUAUCUAUAUUGUGCUGAUUAUGUAUCAUACAACAUUUGGAAUUCAGUAACCUCAAAAUCCAACAAACCAUACAUAUCUAUAAAGACAUUAGACUUGAAUGAUACCCAAAUCGACGAUCUUAAACGUUUAGGGUUAACUCCAAAGAAAUCAGUUGAGAUAGUGAAACCAGAUAACAGCAAACAAACCAUCCAUGGAAGAUUCCUACACAUUACUGACUUCCACAUUGAUCAUCAUUACCAAAAAGGUAGUGAUAUCGACAAAGUUUGUCACGGGGGUGAAGGAAAAGCUAGUAAAUAUGGAGAUGCCAUUUUGGGUUGUGAUUCACCUCCCAUUCUUGUUGAAGAAACAUUCAAAUGGAUCACGGAUAACCUUAUUGACAAAAUAGAUUUUAUUGUAUACACCGGUGAUUCAGCUAGACAUGAUAAUGAUAGAGAAUACCCUAGAACUAGACAACACAUUUUCAAUAUGAACAAAGAGAUAAGUGAUAAGUUUGUCACAUUGACUUCAGAAUCCGAUGGCCAACCUCUCAUUUAUCCAGUGUCUAACAAUGAUAUUAUGCCUCACAAUCUUAUGGAUACAGGACCAUCUUUGCAAACCAGAGAAUUAUUCGAAGCUUGGAGACCAUUCAUCCCUCAAGUUCAAAUGCAUACAUAUUUGAUGGGUGCCUACUAUUUUCAAGAAGUGAUUCCUAACCAAUUGGCAGUAUUGUCACUCAACACAAUGUAUUGGUUUGAUUCCAACCCUAUGGUCGAUGAUUGUGACAACAAAGGUGAUCCUGGUUAUAAAUUAUUCGAAUGGUUAGGGUAUGUUUUGAAAGAAAUGAGAGCCCGUAAUAUGAAAGUAUGGCUUUGUGGUCAUGUGCCCCCAAAUGAAAAGAAUUAUGACACCACAUGUCUUCGUAAGUACAUUGCUUGGACCCACGAAUAUAGAGAUGUCAUAGUAGGAGGAUUAUAUGGUCAUAUGAAUUUAGAUCAUUUCAUCCCGUUAGAUUCAGUACAAGCUUAUAAAUCUAUCCAAAAAGAUUUCAAAGAUGAAUUUAAACAGAAAAGUGUUUUCAGUGUGGAAGACGAAGAUGACCUUGCAUUAGAAGAUUCAAACUUAUACAAGGCUUUAGAUGAAAAUUUCAGUGACAAAUUUUUUAGAGUUACAGGUGGGGUUCCUAAUAACAAAGUGACAUACUUGGAAACGCUCAGAGAAGAAUUAUAUGCACCAUUGAAGGGAAAGAAGAAAUCAGGGGAACAUUUCGAAAGAUAUUCAAUAGCUCAUGUUACUGCAUCAAUCAUUCCAACUUUCAACCCAGGUAUGAGGGUAUGGGAGUAUAACAUUACUGAUUUGGAAGAUAAGCUACAACAAGUUAAAUUUGAACCUUGGGAUAAGUUUUUCGCUGGUGUUGAACGAAUGAUCGAAGUUCAGUCCAAUUAUGUCGAUGAAAAGGACAACGAUGAAAUGAAUUGGCAAGAAAUGGAUGAUAUAACUAUUGAAAGGAAGAAGAAACAUAAGAAAAAGAAUAGGAAAAAGAAGAAGGAUCAUACAUUCCCUAAACCAAUGCCAGAGAAUUUACCACUUGGUCCUGCGUAUAUCGAACAAACAUUUACUCCAGAAAGAUAUGUACAAUACUAUGCCGAUUUGGAAUCCAUCAACAAAGGUAAAAAAGAAUUUGAUUAUGAAAUAGAGUAUAGCACUGAUGAUUCCUUAUAUGGAUUAAAGGCAUUAACAGUUGAAGAAUGGAUCAAGUUUGGUAGAAAAUUAGGUGAGCCAGUAAAAGAUCUUAAAAAUAAUGUCAAUAAGGGGAAGAAAAAGAAGAACAAUGGUAAAAAAUAUAAAAAAUUACAACAAAUUUGGAACGCUUAUUUGAAACAUGCAUUUAUUAGUUCUGAUUAUGAACAUAAAGGAUACGGUUAA